AUGGGAAUUCAAUUAAAGAUAGAAAAUAUUACCCUUACAUCUUGGGAUGGCUGCAAUCAAGAAUCUCUCAUUAAAUAUUGUGACAAUUUACAGAUAAAAAUGGAAGAAGUGAAAUUGCUCAAAUCUACAAUAAGGCCAUUAAAGAAGGAGUUGGAAUUGGCCCAAGAAAACUCAUCUCUGAAAGUAUCCAAAACCAAGACUCCCAAGACCAGGUUAUCUGAAGUGGAGCAUCUACUGAGAACCUCAAGACCAAAUUAUCUAAAUUGGAGUGGAGCUGGUAUCAAAAGAAUUGAUAAUACAAUCUCUAGAAACUAA